AUGAACUUACAGAAUACAUUAGACUUAAUCAAAAAACAAUCUUUUAUGUUAUCUCUUAAAUAUAAUUUUUUUAAAGAAAAACUACAUUUUAAAAUACAAAAUAAACAUUUUUAUUCUUCAUACAAGACUAGACCUAUAUUUAUAUUUCCAAGAUUUUUUUUUUUUACUACUCAAUUAACAUCUUUCCGAGUCAUCAGUACUUUUGAAAAAUUCAGACUUCAAUCUUCUUAUUACGCUAUUAUUCACAUAUAUGGUCGCCCAUUUAUUGUUACAGAAGGGGACAUUGUAACUCUUCCUCAAAAAUUGCGUGAUGUUACUCCUGGUGAUAUAAUUAGAUUAAAUUGUGUCUCUAAACUGGGCUCAAGAGAUUACACAUUAAAAGGACAACCAUAUAUAGACGAAAAACUUUUUACAUGUAGAGCAAGGGUUUUAGAGCUAACAAAAGCUCCUAUGUCAUACUUCAUAAAAAAAAAACGUCGCCAUAGACGUAUAAAAAUUGUAAAAAAUAAACAAGAUUAUACAAUAUUAAGAAUUUCUGAAAUUAAAAUACAUAAAACACAAAAGUAG